UUAUCUAAACACGCUAGCCUCAUCAGCAACGCUGUUUUUCAUGAGGGGCGUAUUUACAUUAGAAAUAUACAAACAAUAGAUUACAUAGAACAUACUGUACAGGGAUAGCAAACAGAUUAUACAACAAAUAGGCAAUAGACAAAAAACGAUAUGAGAAUGAGGACAGGUCAGCUUCACCUCAAAAUACUGAGAUUUUAUCAUCCGUUUAAAUGAUUGAAUAGAAUCGGCAGCUUUUGCUUCAAAAGGUAGACUAUUUGAAAAGAACUUUCAAAUACAAUGGAGCUUUCCAUUGGAAUAAUUGUGGCGACUGUGUAACAAUGAAAACGCAUUUUACCACAAGGAACUUGUUUAAAGAGGAAUUUUGUCGCAUGUUUGUUUUCGUUUAUUACUGUACUUACAGCAUUCAUGCAAAAUUCCUUAUUUGUUAUAUGAUAUUUGCAUGAAGGAAGGCUACCGUCAGCUUUUUUUCAAGCACAAUGGUGCAUAUAAGAGGCUUUGAUCGAGACGUUUCAUCAGUUGUCUCACCAACGUUUGCAGGAAAGUAACAUUUCUCCAAAUACGUCGUAUAGAAAUUGGUUUUUGCAUGCAGAUAUAUUUUACGAAGCUAUAUUGUAUGCAAUAAGGAGAGUGCUGAAGUAUUCAAGAAGCGCAACGGACUAUAAAAUGGGUCUUUUUGCGCUCACUACUUUUUUGUUCUUACUAAUCACAGUCAUACCGAAGGUAUCUGCUUCUGACACAGAAAUUUGGUACAGCGAUGUUCAUGAUUUGCCAUACUGGAUACAAGAUUCAUUGUUGCUGUAUGCCGAUGAAAUUGGUAAUCGUUCUCUCACUGGGCCAAUACGCAAGAUCUAUAGAAAAGACCUGGACCAGAACUACGUGGCUUACUACGAAUUUCAGUUUGAAAAUUGGUGCAUGACGUUUUCAACCGGGCCGAAGACAGGAGACCACAGAUUGGUUGAGGAGAAAGAGGCUCCAUCAAUCACGGACAUUCUGAAUGCACAAGCCGCUGAAGUGAACAAAACCUGUUCGACGUUUUUCCGUCUGAGUCCUGAUGGUGCAACAAUUUGUGAAGAUGCAUCGGGAAAAGCUAUCGCUUCAACAAUGGACUUGAGAACACUCACAAAAGAUAUGAAUGAAACAGCACUAGACAUCGAAAUUAGCGAGGCUUUAGCGGACUUUGAAGAAGUAUGGAAUGCAGUUGCCAAAAAAAUACGCUCUUCCAGCGAAUGGAAAGAAUUUUCAGUUCACGGUUGGCCCAAAAUUCCAUCAGCUUCUCCGAGAACAAUGAUAUAUAAAGUUUUGACUCCAGGAGAAUCACAAGAUAUACCAAUAGGAACUUCCGAUGCAUCUCAAGUUGAAAUAAAUGUAGGAGUGGAAGAGAAUGAAAAUACACUAGCAACAUUAUGCUCUUUACUUGGCUUUAUUUGCUCAAAGACAGGUGAAGUGGAAGUUUCACGAAUCCUCGGAACAAAGAAAAACCUGGAGAACUUAAACUUCAUUAAUUUUGACGUAACGGACGAGUAUGAAUCAAUUGUGAAAAAACUUAAGAAACGGAGUAUCGAUUUUUACCUGAAACUGAGUGUUGAGCGAAAGUUUGUUGUUAUACGACGUUACACGAUCGAUUUUAAUCACAGACAAAGUAAAAGAUCCGGCUGGAGUGGUGUCCUUGAGUGCAGCAUUGAUCACGAAUACCUCAUGCCAGAUUAUACACAACACAUGUGUGGAAAUUGUAAAAGUGGUUGCGUUCCAGUUGCUUGGGCUCAGAUUUUUGCUUACUACGACAGAGUGGCACAUCGAGAUAAAGAUAGUAGAUACAGUGAAAAGCUUUGGCAAGGAAUAAAUGGUAUAUCUGGGAAACCAUCGGAAGAAGCACCGGGAUGUUUGAACCGGAGAGCAGAAAAAUAUGUCGAAGCUCUUCGUGUUGAGCUCGGCACGUUUUGCCGCAACGGGCAGGGGGCAACAUACGCAAGUAAAACAGCUGAUGUAAAUGAAUGGUUUCGUCAACGUCAGGAAUCUGGACGAGUGAUAAAGUUGCCUAGGCGAAACAGAAUGAAGCAGAUUAGUUGCUAUAUUAAACAAAAUUACCCCGUCUUGAAUUCGUUCUGGUAUAGAGGAGCUAACAACAGCGAGAAAAAAGCAGGGCAUACCGUUGUUAUAACAAAGGUUAGAGAAAAAUCGCUCAGUUACAAGACAUGUCGAAGAUGUCAGUGGUGGCCAAAAACCAAAUGUGACUGGAAGACUGAACACACAUACCAAUGGUACCGCAGAAUGGGCUGGGGGCGUAAUCAUAAAGAAAACGGUUGGACCACAGGAGAUAUUGGCGUAUCGUCGUUUGGGGCUUUUGUUGCAGUUGUUGGUCCCGUUGAAUGCACAGGAAAAUUUUAAAACUAGAGUCUCUGAAAUGUCAUUUCCUGCACUUUAGAACGAGAUUUACAGCGCUCUAAAGGUAACAAAAUCUCAUAAAAUAUUUCAAAAGACGACACUAAUUG